AUGCUAGAACCUGAGGAACAAGAAGUAGCAUCACAGAAAAUUGGACUACCGGGAGAUCCUGGAGAGAAAGGAGACAGGGGUGAUCAAGGAAUUGCAGGACUUGCUGGACCUCGUGGAAACCGUGGAGAACCAGGUGCGCCAGGUGCUGAUGGACCAAAAGGAGAACCUGGUGUGACUGGACCACGUGGGCCGCCAGGUCCUCCUGGGCCCAUAGUUGAUGUUUCUCCUACGGGAGUUCCUGGACCAGAUGCAGGUCCUAUUGGACAUGUCAUCCUGUCUAGUGAUUCAAAGGGCCCUGGAGCUACUAGGAUCCAGGAAAUCAGAGGAGACAAGGGUGCCCGUGGUGCUAUUGGAGAGGCAGGAAAUCCAGGACCUAGAGGACCUGAUGGUGCACAAGGAGAACCAGGAGCAACAGGUGCCAUUGGUUCUCCUGGAACAGCGGGAAGCCCAGGAUCUAAUGGAUCUCCUGGUGAACCUGGACAAGCUGGCAGUGAUGGUCAACCAGGACCACCAGGACAGUUAGGGGACAUAGGGGACCCUGGAGCAUCUGGACAAACUGGUCUGCCUGGUGCACCAGGUCUUCGCGGUGUGAAGGGUGACAUGGGAUCACAAGGAGAGCGUGGUGACAGAGGAGAAACUGGAGAGGGUGGAGAACAAGGUCCAUCAGGUGAAGUAGGAAGGGAUGGACAAGACGGAGUAAAGGGAGAUCAAGGAACUCGAGGAAACCCAGGAGAACUGGGGGCACCUGGUGAUAGAGGUCCCACAGGACCAGCAGGAGCAAGUGGACCUGAGGGUGCUGCAGGUUCUCCUGGUCCGAGUGGUAACAGUGGAUCACCAGGUGCCUUAGGGGCUAAAGGAAAUCGUGGCUUGAUGGGCAGAGCAGGUCCCAGGGGAGGCAGAGGAGCUCCAGGAGCUGAGGGUGCGAAAGGACCAGGUGGAGAGCCAGGAAAUCCAGGCAAAAAUGGUGCCCCAGGAGAGCCAGGUUUUAAAGGAGAACAGGGUACAAUGGGUCCUACAGGACCUGUUGGCCUUAUUGGAAAUGCUGGACCAGAUGGGCUUACUGGCAUUCCCGGUGAACCUGGUAGGCGUGGAGAACAGGGAGCUCCUGGAGUACCUGGAAGAAGAGGACUGGAAGGAGCCAAAGGACAAUUGGGUAGCGCUGGAACUGCAGGUCCACCUGGACAACCUGGGCCUCAAGGAAAACGGGGAUCACCAGGAAAAACAGGACUACCAGGAGGACUUGGUUCCCCAGGUCCAAUAGGUCCUUCUGGUAAUCGAGGCUAUUCUGGUGCAGAGGGAAGGCAAGGAGUGAAGGGUGACAGUGGUAGAAAUGGAGAGAAUGGACGGGAUGGAGGAAAAGGAGAACAGGGAUCGCAAGGGGAACCUGGUAAUCCAGGCCGAUCAGGACCUCGGGGAGACACAGGUGCUGCAGGAAAACCAGGAAAGUCAGGCUCUCAAGGAAUUCCGGGUGUUGAUGGAGAGGAUGGUACCCCUGGAAUACCUGGGGUCCCUGGCCCUCAAGGAGCACCAGGAACACCAGGUUUCUCUGGUCCUAAAGGAGCAGUGGGUAACGCUGGAAGAGAUGGAAGCAUAGGAGAACGAGGAGCAGAUGGUCUUAAGGGUGAACAAGGUGCCACAGGAGAGUUUGGUAAAUCAGGCACACCAGGACUGGCGGGUCGACAAGGUUUCAGAGGAGACCCUGGUGCUCAAGGAAGCAUGGGAGCAACGGGACCGCUUGGUAUCCAAGGACUCCCCGGUGCACCUGGUAAACUAGGAAAUCCAGGAUUCCCUGGGACGCGCGGCAAAGAUGGCUCACCAGGGUUACAGGGUGAACGUGGACCAAGGGGAGAGCAGGGUCCCAUUGGAGCCCAGGGAGCUGCCGGCCGUGAAGGCGAGAAUGGAUUACCUGGAUCAGAUGGUCUGCCGGGAGACAGAGGAGCCAUAGGGGCCUCUGGUGGAUCAGGUCCUGAAGGGGGACCGGGUUUGCCAGGUCUGCCCGGUCGAGCAGGAUUUACUGGAACUAAGGGUGAUUAUGGAGAGAAAGGCAACCAAGGUUCUGCUGGAGAACCUGGCAGAGAUGGUGAACCGGGCGGUGAUGGUGCCCCAGGAGCUGUUGGUCAACCAGGUUUGCCAGGACCUAAGGGCACAGACGGAACACCAGGAGUCCCAGGAAGACGAGGAGAUCGUGGAGCCACGGGAGGCCGCGGAUCAGUUGGUGCCCCUGGAAGUCCAGGAAUUCCUGGAUCCCCGGGACCAACUGGCCCUCAAGGACUUAUUGGAUUAAAAGGAAAUGCAGGCGAAAAGGGUUCGAAAGGAGAGUCAGGCCCAUUUGGAUCAAAAGGAGAACCAGGGGACUUGGGAACUGUGGGAUUUCUUGGCGCCAAAGGAAAUCCUGGAUCUCCAGGAGCUUCUGGUAACAGAGGAGCCACAGGGUCACAAGGGCGACCUGGAUCGCAGGGCCCACCGGGACCACCUGGCAAUAGUGGUUUGACAGGACAACCAGGAAUCCCAGGAACUAAGGGCUCGCGUGGCGCUAGUGGUAAACCAGGAGUUCCAGGCUUACCAGGAAGACCGGGAAUACCUGGACGUGACGGCCUACGGGGAUUAUCUGGAACCGAUGGAAGACCUGGUUCAACCGGUCCAAUUGGAGCGCGUGGGCCCAAGGGAGACGUAGGACCUCAGGGCCUAGUUGGCAUUCCAGGAAGGCGAGGAAGAUUCGGUCCUCCUGGAGCAAAGGGCGUAAAAGGAGAAGCCGGCUUUGAUGGGAGCCCUGGCGAGGGUGGACGGGAAGGUUAUCCUGGAGCUCGCGGACCCUCUGGAGAGAAAGGCGCAAAUGGAUCACCGGGUACACCGGGAGCAAACGGUGAAAAUGGGCAGAGUGGUAUUGGGGGUACAGAGGGUGAUAAUGGCCCCCGGGGAUCCCCCGGCGUGGACGGAACUGUGGGAGUUCCUGGACCAAUGGGAUCUGCUGGUGCAAAGGGACCACAAGGUCCCCAAGGAGAUAAUGGCGACCCUGGUAGAAACGGCAACUUCGGACAAGUUGGCAAACCAGGAAAUAAUGGACCACGCGGUUACAGAGGUGACACGGGAGAAAACGGUCUAAUUGGAACACAGGGUGACCCAGGAUAUACCGGUGAAGUUGGCAGGACAGGUCCCCCUGGAAUUGACGGAGAGGAUGGCCCUGAAGGAAGAAACGGAAGUACGGGACCUGAAGGACCAAAGGGUGGCAUGGGAGCCGCAGGCCCUCCCGGUCAACCAGGAGUUCAAGGACCAGAGGUAUUUAAAUGCUAGUUAUUUGACACCUUU